CACCCUGCGUUUAGCCUUAUUUCACCACGGAAAGCAUUCUUCAGUUCUGUUCAAAUUACAAAAGCUUCAGCUUGUAGCGAUAAUUCUCAAUGGCAGAGGAAGUGAUAUUGUUGGACUUUUGGCCGAGCCCGUUUGGGAUGAGGGCCAGGAUUGCCCUAAGAGAGAAGGGCGUGGAGUUCGAUAUGAGGGAGGAGGAUCUGAGCAACAAGAGCCCCCUGCUCUUGAAGAUGAACCCGGUCAACAAGCAAAUCCCCGUCCUCAUCCACAACGGCAAGCCGGUUUGCGAGUCCCUCAUCAUGGUCCAGUACAUCGACAAGACCUGGGGUCGCGAGUCUCCUCUUCUGCCUUCGGAUCCUUAUGAGCGUGCUCAUGCCAGGUUCUGGGCCGACUACGUGGACAAGAAGAUGUACUCGGUGGGGCGAAGGGUGUGGCUGUCGACGGGGGAGGCCCAGGAGGCGGCAAAGAAGGAGUACAUCGAGUGCUUGAAGGUGUUGGAGGGAGAGCUCGGGGACAAGGCUUACUUCGGCAGUGAAAGGUUUGGGUAUGUGGACGUGUCGCUAAUACCGUUCUAUAGCUGGUUCUAUGCUUUGGAGACAUUGGCCAACUUUAGCAUCAAGGAGGAGUGCCCCAAGUUGGUGGCAUGGGCCAAGCGGUGCACGCAGAGGGAGAGCGUGGCGAAGUCGUUGCCCGACCAGUACAAGCUCAAUGAAUUCCUCUUGGAACUCAAGAAGAAGCUUCAGGCGCAAUAAACAACUCUCUUGAGUCUGAUUAUUGCUUAUUUCAUCACUCUUUCGUUCAAUAACCCCUCUCCGUUGGAUGAGGCUAGCUCUUCUAGGUUCAUGAUUUCCUUUUUGUAUCCGAGUGUUUCUGGAUCAGCUAAUAAACUAUACACAGCAUUUCAUCAA